AUGCCCAUGCCCCAGAGGUCACUCACCCCCCCCCUGUCUUCUGUCCCUCCAUCUCUUCAGGACAUCACUAAUGCAAUGUCUUAUAUCUCUCGAUUAAGCCUUUCCCCCAUCCCGCUUUGCAAGGUCAGGGCGACCCCCAGUGAUGUCACCGAAGUUGAAGUCUACAAGCAUCGAUUGAUUGAUGCCCGUACAGCCGGCGAGAAUGAUGUUAUGCCCGCCUGGGCCUCUGCGCUCUUAGAAGGUUGGGCUACCAAGAUGGAUGAUAUGGAAGCCCAGCCUGCAUCGGGAUGCUGUCGAGAGGCAGGAAUUCCUCAUCCAUGA